UAGCCCGCUGAAACAUUUCCACCCAGGCUCCGUGUAUGCCAGGAAACAGCUGUCAACAUACGGAAUCGCCUCUCUUGUUACAUGUCGGUCACCCUCUAAUGCCAAAUAUGAUGUCGGACUUUGAGAAAACAGGAGUAAGUUAGCUAGCGCCAAAAAACAGCGAGGCUUCAGUUAAACAACCGUCCUCGCUGGCAUCCUGAAGAGGAAACCUCUUGAGAUUUUACAAGAACUGGAUGCGGAAGGAGAAUAUGAGGCAAUCUGAGAGGCUAAUGCUAACUGUGAGCUAUGCUGGGAUCCAAAAUCAGAAAGAAAUUCACUAUGAAUUUUUCCAUAUAUAAUAAGCGGGAUACCAAUGUGCCAAAAAGUCACCUUCCAGAUGACCCAGCGGGGGUUAGGAUAGAGUGUAGCAGCAUUGACACAGGAAGGGUGCAUGUGCUGGCAGAAGAAUAUGCAAGGACUCUCACCCACAACUGACACCUUUAUAUAUAUACACCACCACACAGAACUGUUGUCCUUGAUGAAACAGUCUUGGUCACCAUGCUCUCCUCAGAAGAAGUGCCAUCAUAGACUCAGGUUACCGUGGUGAUGGUAACGACUGCGCAGUGUUUUUAAUAUUGAAGCUAUUGUGUAAUCCAAACGUGGAGAUGGGUUCCCAAGCUCUUCAGAUAUUGCGGCAGGGUGUGUGGGCUUCACUAACAGGUGGCUGGUAUGUGGACCCCCAUCAGAGUACGUUCUCCAACUGCUUCCACCUGUACCUUUGGAUUUUUCUCUUGGCUUUCCCCUUCCUUUUGUACAUGGCUCUUCCACCUAGCCUGGUGGUGGCGGGUGCAUACUCAGCUGUGGUUGCAGUCUUUUUCACGGCCAUAAAGGUGGUGAACUUCCGUCUGCAUACUAUGUUUGACCUUGGUGAGAUUGUGGAGAAAAAACAGGCAUCACUCACAGCUGAUGCUCCAAGAACAGAAGAAGGAGAUGAAGGCUCAGGAGCUCAUGAUGGGAAUCAGCACAGGGAUAGUCAUGUCGGCGUAGAGAUGACUGUGUUUCGGAAGGUUGACUCGACACCUCCUGUUCGCUGCAGCUCCCAGCAUUCUCUGUUUGGAUUAAACCAAGUGUCGGAGUUUUUGCCUCAGCUGGAGGAUGCAGGAGGGACUAAAGACCUCAAAGAACUAACGCAGGCACAAGGAAGCAAUAAUGUAAUUGUGACAUCAGCCCAUCGUGAGAUUCUACGUCAGAGUUCCUACGACACCCAAGUACAGUCCUGCAUCCCUACUUCUCUGGGAGGUGAUGGUCCACAUCUCAUGGGAGUGUCUGGUGUGCUAGCUGGACUUGAAGUACGUAGAGAGUGCUUGUCUAUUCCCCCUUCACCUUCAAGUCAAGAAGAUGGAGGCGAGAAGGAGCAGCCAGAGGAUUUGCCAGAAGAAUUGUCUCAUCCGAACCCCAAGGACAAUGGGAUGGGAUCUUAUUCUCCACUUGGUCCUUCAGCUGAAUCGGAGAGCUUGGGGGAUACUCCCCUUAGCCCCCUUAUAAAGAGCAGCUUAAGUGAUGAGCUAAGUGAAAAUUUCAUGGGUUUAGGUUUGGACCCAGGAGCAUUUGCACCAGGCACGGGGAAACCAGGCAGCCGCAGUGGGGUAGCGAUGGCUGCUGGAUCCACGGACAGUUGUUUCAGUGCAGGCGGAGCUACAACAGACCGUGAGACACUAAGCACUGUUAGCAGCUAUCGCAGUGAGAAGACUGAUUCCACUCAGCUGGAAAGUCCUUCAUUCAGCCAGCCACGGCCUGCAGACGGACAGGUGUCCUCGACACCAGCGAUGGGUGCCAAUGUUCCCAACAACGUAGAGGACACAACAGGACAGGGUGGCAGUGAUACUGACAAUCUGUCAGACAGUGUGCUGCUUCGCUCCCCUUCCAAAGAUUUAUCUAUCAGCCAGGGGUUAGACCGGACACUUGUUGAAGGAGACGACUUGCCCCCUGUUCCUGCUGACAUAGCACGGCCCCCUCCUCUCCAAAACUCUUCUCCUUCAAGUAGUGGUCACUCAGAGAUUUGUGAUUUAGACAGAAAUGUCCAAGGUCCUCCUCUGCCCCCUCCACGGCAGGCCAAUUCAGUGCCUUCAGGGCUGGCCCUGGGUCUAGUGUGCUCUGAGCCUGCUCUUCCCAUAUCGUCCAUCCCCCUCCUGCUCUCGGAGCAGCCUGCUCUCCAGGCCCAGCAGGUUGUGCGUCCCAAGGACUUAAAGCUGCUGCGGGCCAGUGGCGGUAGCAUCGGACACAGGCCUGGCCGGAGGAAAGCUGAAAGGAGGCGAGCUGGAGCGGGCAGCAGUAGUUUUGACUGUGGCUCUUACAGGCGUCACCACAAUCACAGACAGCACAGAGAUUACCUCCCAGUGCGCAGCCGAUUGGGGGCUAAAGCUUACAGUGAAAGUUUGUUUGAAGACUCUAGUGAUGAGGACGACGGCAGUGACAUGAGCGCUGGUUCUAGUCUGGGUUCUCAACGCCGGUACAGCUCAGAUGAGGAGAACGACGAUGAGGACGACACAAGUUCUUCUACCUCCUGCUACUCUUCAGAUCUUGCUAUCACUGACAUUACAUCUCUUCUCUCCACUGCUGCUCAACUUCCUACUCAGAGGGAGGGGGAUUUACUGGAAACCUCUGGCUCCGGCCAUCCUCGUGCUGCUCAGCGCUCAUCUAGCACAGCUAGUGCUAAGACUCACGCCAGAGUACUCAGUAUGGAUGGAGCAGGUGGAGGCCAGAGCAGCACAGCGGCUGUCCCCACUACCCUGCUUUCAAUGCCAUCCACCUCCACGCCAACGCCUCGCACUCUCACCAUGUCGAAGUCUGACCUGGAGGCGCGCACCCUGCACACCGAUAGCUUUUCUGGAAGUCAUCAUCAUCGACUGGAUUCUUUAGGAGGGUCCUGGACCGGCAAUCAGAUGGGCUGGAGGGCCGGAGAGUUAAUCGAAGAGGGAGCUGUGGGUGGAGCUUUGGGUCCAGACGACGGGAACAAGCAUGAAACAAUCAGCAGUGUUAAGAGGACCCAGGCAAUCCGCAGGAGACACAAUGCUGGGAGCAACCCUACACCACCACCUUCGACCAUGGGAUCCCCUCCCAGCCUCCAGGACCUUCAGCAAGUUCGGACCUCCUCACAUUCACGCACCCGCACACUUCCCUCAGCCUUACAGUUUGCUUCUUCACUCCUCCUGCCUCGCACUGGCAUCCACGAGGCCUCUACCUUCGACGACACAUCAGAGGGAGCCGUGCACUAUUUCUAUGAUGAGAGUGGAGUAAAGAGGUCCUACACGUUUGGACCUGCUGGGGGAGGCUAUGAAGACCCAGUUCAGGAAAGAGAGAGGCAGUCUCAGUCCUCCAGUUUCACCUCCACUGAGGUUCAGGAUGGAGCACCGGUCCUCUCCGUUCUCCAGCCCAGACCAGUGAUUUUACAGGGCAUGCAGGUCCGCAGGGUUCCUCUGGAGAUGCCUGAGUUUGAUCUUGACCACGAGUCCCUUCAAGAAUCUCAUGAGAACACUCUGAUGAUCGAAGAGAAGGCCAAGCCAAAACAGUACUAUCGCUUUUGGGUGGUACCUGGAAAGUGGCUGAGGGUCCGAUAUGAUCGCCUUGCUCUGCUGGCGUUACUGGACAGGAACCGUCGUGUGGGGGAGAACGUGUUUGCUGUUGUGCUGGCCAGUCUAGUAGCCUUCUUGGGAUUUCUGCUCUUGCUGCAGGGCUUCUUCAGGGACAUCUGGGUCUUCCAGUUCUGCCUUGUCAUUGCUAGCUGCCAGUACUCCCUAUUGAAGAGCGUCCAACCAGAUGCGGCCUCUCCCAUGCAUGGUCAUAACUGGAUCAUCGUGUACAGCCGUCCGGUCUACUUCUGCCUUUGCGGUGUGAUGAUCUGGAUCUUUGACCUCUCUGGGCGUUCUGGAAGCCUGCAGCCCAUCUCCCUCUAUGGUGUCACCUUCUUCUCGGCACAUUUCCUGCUGUUUGUCAGAGAUAUGCUGAUUGUCUUUGCCUUGUGUUUCCCGGUCAUUUUCCUGUUUGGGUUGCUACCUCAGGUCAAUACUUUUGUGAUGUGUCUGCUGGAGCAGAUCGACAUGCACGUUUUUGGUGGAACGGCCACCACCAGCCCUCUCUCAUCUCUCUUCAGCCUCACUCGCAGCAUGCUGGUGGCUGCUCUGCUUUAUGGAUUUUGCCUCGGUGCUAUUAACGCACCGUGGGGCGAUGCCCAUGUGCCAGUGCUGUUCUCUGUGUUCUGCGGGCUUCUCCUGGCCUUGUCCUAUCACCUCAGCCGCCAAAGCAGCGACCCCACCAUUCUGUGGUCACUGGUCCGGUCUAAAAUAUUUCCAGAACUUGAGAACCGAUCACCUGAAGAACCCUCUGUGGAGAUCAAGGACCCUCUCCCUGAGAAGCUUCGUAACUCUGUGAGGGAGAUUCUUCACUCAGACCUGGUCAUGUGCCCCCUCAUGGCUGUUAUCACCUUUGCCAUCAGUGCCAGCACAGUUUUUAUUGCUCUUCAGCCGGCGCUCAGCUUUGUUCUAUACAUCCUGGCUGGAGUCAUCGGCUUCCUUACACACUAUCUCCUGCCUCAGCUCCGCAAACAGCUGCCGUGGUUCUGCCUGGCUCACCCUGUGCUUCGAUCCAAGGAGUACAGUCAGUUUGAGGUCCGAGAUGCUGCUCAGCUGAUGUGGUUUGAGAAGCUGUACGCGUGGCUUCAGUGUGUGGAGAAAUACUUCAUCUACCCGGCGGUGGUGCUGAACUCUCUUACAACUGAAGCUCGGACAGUCGGCCAGAACCACAAAGACCUAGACAUCUACAGCCGAGCUCUUUUCAUCUCCGUGGCAGGAAUGAAGCUGCUGCGUUCGUCCUUCUGCACGCCGUCGCAGCAGUAUGUCACGCUGUGCUUCACCACACUCUUCUUUCAUUUCGACUACCCACACUUCUCAGAGACCUUCCUGAUUGACUACUACUUCAUGUCCAUACUUUUCAGCAAGAUGUGGGACCUCCUGUACAAGCUGCGCUUCGUGCUGACCUAUAUAGCCCCGUGGCAGAUCACCUGGGGCUCAGCCUUUCAUGCCUUUGCUCAACCCUUCGCUGUGCCCCACUCGGCUGUGUUAUUUAUCCAGGCCAUCUUUUCUGCCAUCUUUUCCACCCCCUUGAAUCCUGUUCUAGGCAGCGCCGUGUUUGUCACCUCUUACACCCGACCUGUCAAGUUCUGGGAACGAGACUAUAACACCAAACGGGUCGAUCACUCAAACACCAGGCUCGCCACCCAAUUAGACCGCAACCCAGGCGCUGAUGACAACAAUUUGAAUUCAAUCUUCUAUGAGCACCUGACACGCUCCCUGCAGCACAGCCUGUGUGGAGACCUGCUACUCGGGCGCUGGGGCAACUACAACACGGGCGACUGUUUCAUCCUCGCGUCCGAUUACCUCAACGCUCUGGUGCACAUCAUUGAGAUCGGAAACGGCCUGGUUACCUUCCAGCUGAGGGGUUUAGAGUUCAGAGGUACCUACUGUCAGCAGAGGGAGGUAGAGGCCAUCACAGAGGGGGUGGAGGAGGACGAGGGCUGCUGCUGCUGUGAACCGGGUCAUCUGCCUCACAUGUUGUCGUUCAAUGCUGCAUUUGGACAGCGCUGGUUGGCCUGGGAGGUGGCUGCCACCAAAUAUGUCCUGGAGGGUUACAGCAUCAGCGACAACAAUGCAGCUUCCAUGUUGCAAGUGUUUGACCUUCGAAAGAUCCUCAUCACGUACUACGUCAAGAGCAUCAUUUACUAUGUGAGUCGCUCCUCGAAGCUUGACGAGUGGCUGACUAAUGAGACUGUCCAGGAUGCUCUGCGUCCAUGUCUCGGGUCCAACUACGUAGACAGCGAUCCCACUUUCAACCUGAACAUCGAUGAAGACUACGACCACAGAGCCUCAGGCAUCACCCCUUCCUCCUUCUGUCUGGUUUACCUGGACUGGAUCCAGUACUGUAACAGCAGGCGUCAGACGCCAGCAGCUUGUGAAAGAGAUUCCCCACUCGUCAACCUUUGUUUUGGUUUGUGUAUCCUUGGAAGAAGAGCUUUGGGAACGGCAUCCCACAGCAUGUCUGCCAGUUUAGAGCCAUUUCUUUACGGCCUCCACGCCCUCUUCAAAGGAGAUUUUCGCAUCACGUCUCCUAGAGAUGAGUGGGUGUUUGCAGACAUGGACCUCCUGAAACGGGUUGUGGCACCAGGAGUACGAAUGUCCCUCAAGCUACAUCAGGAUCACUUCACAUCUCCAGAUGAGUACGAAGAUCCAGUGGUUCUCUAUGACGCCAUCACUGCCAACGAAGAGAAGAUGUUGAUAUCUCAUGAGGGUGACCCUGUGUGGCGGAGCGCUAUCCUAGCUAACAUGCCCUCACUGCUCGCCCUGCGCCACAUCAUGGACGACGGCAGCGAUGAGUACAAGAUCAUCAUGCUGAACAAGAGGUUCCUCAGCUUCAGAGUCAUCAAGGUGAACAGGGAGUGUGUGCGGGGGCUGUGGGCGGGGCAACAACAGGAGCUGGUCUUCCUGCGUAACCGUAAUCCAGAGCGUGGGAGCAUCCAGAACGCCAAACAAGCUCUGAGAAAUAUGAUCAACUCCUCCUGUGAUCAGCCCAUCGGAUAUCCCAUUUACGUGUCCCCGCUCACCACCUCGUACGCUGGGGGGCACGGCCAGCUGAGAUCUGUGUGGGGGGGGCCUGUCAGUCCACACAACAUCUACACCUGGCUCAUCAGAAGCUGGGACAGACUGCAGAAAGGAUGUGGUGCAGGCUGUAACAGUGGAGGAAACAUUGAGGACUCAGAUUGUGGGGGUGGCUCUGCCUCCAUCUCCACUAACCCAGCCAUUCACACCACUCAGAGCACACCAGCCUCCAGUCUCCCCCAGCCACCAAUCACCACUAUCCAGCCCUCCAUCAUGGGUACUGACAACCCUGUUGGCCCCACCCAGAGCUGGCCUCACCACCCUCAACCUCUCCCAUUAGCUCUCAUCAGCCAAUCCGAGGGCAGGAUAGAGGCAGGCUUGCUUUCCUCUCUACAGCGAACGUCCUCCAUCCAGGGACUCCUGGGCCAGCAGCUCUCCAGCUCCCAGCUCUCCUUCAGCAGCUCCGUGGCUCCCCCUCCUCUGCUUGUCGCAGAGCGCAUCUGCCCAGCCACUCACCUGGAGAGCUCGGGGCACAGAGCGAGCCAGCGGAGUGCGCUGCACUAUGAGAGUCACUUUGGAAAGUGGAGCUUUUCAGGCAGAAAGGGCUUUAGUGUUCCAGCUGCAGCAGAGGGGGAAGGAGGGCCGAUCCAAACGAUCCGCACACAGCCUGCCCCCCCAGCUCCUCUACAAGAGGCCAAUCUGACUCUCGAUCCUCUGGGGGUCACUCAGACUCUGGACCCCAUGAUGCUGGCUGCAGGAGAACCCCCCACCCCUAAAGAUGAAUCCACAGAGCUGCCUUUACUUGAUCACCUGCUUCGGUGACAUUUUCUACAAACGAGAAGCACACAGUGGACUGACUCGGGCCCACCUAGACUCGGUCUCAGUCUCGCCUUCUGGACUCAUUCCAUCUGAUCUAGCUGGGAUUUCUAGACCCUCCAGUGUCCCACUGCAAUACGGACUGGAUCUGAGUACCCCUCUCUUCUGGGCCAUGAGGUCUCUCACCAUCUGAUAGAAAGGCCGAGCUGAUGCACGUGUCAAAUCAUCACAGGGUUUGAGUAUCUGCUCGCUGGUUUUUUUUACUGAGAUGGACUCUGUGUGUCUCUGUGGACAGCCUUUAGGCUGGAUCAGUAGUGACAGGCCACAAAGGCCAGUGCAAUUAUGAGGGAUGUUGUUUUAUGAGGAUGGCUUAUUUUUCUAAACAGGAGAAAAGAGGCUGUCCUCUGAUGUCCCUCAUUUGAUUUAUUUUUUUCAUAGCCAAUAAAAAAAAACAUCAGCUUGUUGCUUUGAAGGAUGCGUGGAAACCCGAUGAGCCUUGUGUGAACGUCACCAUUUAGGACCUCUCCUCCACUGCUCCACAGCUCUGGCUGGUUUCCUGCUGGCUUGGAGCAACUGUCAGUGACCCCAACACACAUACACACACACACACACACACACCCACCCUCC